AUGGCUUCCCAAGACCCCCUGCUUGCUGCUGCGCCCGCCGCCGCCGCCCAAGACACGAGUGCGUUUGAUUUCCGACCCGGCAGGGCGGGCGAAACGCUGCCCGAUGGGGUAGCGCCACGGAAUACGCAAGGACUACAGAGCGACGGCUCCCUGGGUGCGUGCAGGCAGCACCCGGGUUCUAGGACGUGCACCAAGGACACCUAUGCUUUGGUGAGCGCCCUCCCAGACGUGGGAGAGGCCCAAGACACUGCGAAUGAUGAUUCUGGGCCCGGCAGGGUGAGCGGCAUGCUGCCUGACCGGGUCCAGCAUGGACUACUUCAGAGCAUCGGCUCCCCGGGCCCACAGACGCCCUGCCCGGGUACAACGACGCGCGCCAUGGCUCCCCCCGCCCUCCCACUCGCCGGCCAGGCCCCAGACGCUGCUCCUGCCUCCGCGAUUGUUGCUGCUAGACCCGGCAGGGCGGCUGAAAUGCUGCCCGACCGGGGCACCAACGGGCGCGCGCUGGCCGUCUAUACGGCCAACGCCCUAGUGAUGACGACCGGCUCGCCCAGGUAG